AAAACCAGACUCUGUGAUUGGUAGAAUAACGAAGAGUGUGGUAGUUAGCUGAAAAGAGGGGUAGUUACUUGCAACCAUCAAGUGAGAGAAUGAUCACAUGAGUUCAGACACAGUCAGGGUAGCUUGUGAGGUGUAUCGUGUGUAUUGUGUCCAAUUCCAAAUUUCACCUCAAACUUAAAGUACCUGAAUUAUUUUAACCAUUUUCUAUCCAUAAGUGUUUACUUUUUAAUUUGGUUAUUUUUCGAACUGCUUGAACUUAUAAGCAAUUAAAGUGUUCUCUCAAGAUUUAUUUUGUUUAUUCGUCUUGAAUAUUAUUAUUUCAUUCAAGCUCUGAUUUACCGGCAAGUUAAUUCAUUCCAUUGCGACUGAUGUAAUUUGAAAUUGCUCCAGCUGAGAGCAUCAGUUAUUGGAACUUCCCGGUUACAAAUAAUUUCUUUGUGUAACUACAAAAACUAUUGCAAUGGAUGAAAUAAAUACAUAUGAUCAUCUAGGUCAAAUCUCUGGAAUAGGCUGUCCAUAUCAAUUAUCUCCUGCAAUUAAUAUAAGAGCAUCUCUAUUUGGAGGCUUUAAUACUUUUCGCGAGAGUCUAAGUCAUUCACCACAGGGAAGCAUUGGAUCUGAAUGCUGGAGUCCAAGUCCACCAGGAACUGCAUCGCCAAGUAGGAGUUCUCCCUCUUAUGGAACAUCUCCAUAUGACUUUGGUGUCGAUUUCUUACUUGAUAAUAUUCGUCAAGCUGUAAAUGGGCUUUCAUGUGAUCGCCAGUCAACUUCUGCUAAUGACACACAAAAUCGUCAAGAUCGUGAUUAUACAAAUUUGAAUAGUGAAAUUUGCGCAAAACUUCAGGAUACGAACUCUAAUAACAAAGUUGAUGAAGUUCCAUUAGUUACAAGUUCAGCGCUAGUUCCAUCCAGUUCUCAAAUGGUACAAUAUUCAAAUCCAUCAACCCCGACUCAACAGGAAUCUCAUUAUUGUAGACAUACGUCUGUAUUUUAUUGUCAUUCUUGUAAUAAAACACUCUGUAGUUUUUGUGAGAUAUAUCAACAUCAAGGUCAUACGACAAUGAAUUUAAUUGAUGCAUCUAGACUUGCAGAUAUUCAGAGUAAUCAGACUUUGAAUGAUAUAAAAUUUCGUAUAGCAAAACUACAAGAAAAUUUAAUCGCAGUUCAGAAGACCGCAGAAAAUCUUGAAUACAACGCAUCUGAAGCUAAAAAAGAUGUUUCAUUAUGUAUAGAGCAAGCAAGGUUUGCUCUACGAAAACGAGAAGAAGAACUUUAUAAACGUAUUGACGAAAUAAGAGAUCAGAAAUUUGAGUUUUUAAAAUUUCAAGAUUACAAUUUGAAAAAUACUAUAAAACAACUAUUGUUGCAAUCUAAAGAAAUCACUAACGCCAAGAAUCUAUCUAAUAUCGCUGGAAAUCCUGUAAACUUUUUCAUUACUAGAGAAGGAAUUUCAAGUCAGAUAUUGAAGAUUGAAAAGAAUUGUUUAAGUAAUGUAGUAGUCAAAGACAAUUGGAUAUCUUUUUCUGCAACAGCAGAUCAUGUUUUGGGUGCGAUUAGCAACCUCGGUAGAGUUAAAUUGAGUUCUCUCGGAUUAAUAGGUGAUGGUAGAUUUCUUAAAGGUCGUGGUAAUUUUCUUCAAGUAAUGUGCCAACAGAAUCAUAAUGAUCAAUUGCUCCAAAUUCAGUAUUUCAAUCCGAGAGCAUCCGGGAGACCGGUACCGUCCGUUUAUGGUCCAGUUAUCGUAAAUCCUCAGUUACCUGAGGUAAGUCUCAUAAUUAAACACAGUGAUGCAGAACCUGAUCUCUUCCCUCGACCUUGGGGUGUUGCUUGUGACAAAGAUGGAAAUAUUAUUGUUACUGAUAGGGCACAGCAUUGUGUUAGAAUAUUCAAUCAAAAUGGUACGCUUGUGAAAAAAUUUGGAAUACAAGGAACAGGUCCAGGGCAAUUUUUCAGACCAGCAGGAGUUGCUGUCGAUGAAUGGCGACGCAUCAUUGUAGCUGACAAAGACAAUCAUCGGAUUCAAAUGUUUACAAUGGAAGGUGAAUUUAUAUUAGCAUUUGGUAAACUCGGUAAAAAAGAUGGUGAAUUUGAUUAUCCAUGGGACGUUGCAACAAAUACAGACUGCCAAAUAGUAGUAACAGACACACGGAAUUAUCGAGUUCAAUUAUUUAGUUCAGAUGGUGUGUUUCUGCGUAAAUUUUCGUGGGGUAACCCUGAUCGGUCUAAGCAAUCAUCAUAUUUACCACGUGGUAUCGCUUUUAAUCCGCAAGGUGAAAUUGUUGUAACGGAUUUGAAUAAAAGCUGUAUAACAAUCAUAAGAUUUGAUAUGCUCGAUGCCAGAGUUAUUAAUAGUGACAAUAACAUGAAGAAAUUUGAAAGAUUACAAGGAAUUACCAUUGAUGACGAAGGAAAUAUGAUAGUUUCUGAUUCACGUAAUUAUAGAAUAGUGGUGCUAGAUUCUAAAGGUGACUUUAAAUAUGCAUUCGGAAAUCUUGAAGAAGGACCUUAUCAGAUGAAUCGUCCAGCUGGUAUUGCAUUAACUCCAGAAGGUCGAAUCGUCGUUGUUGAUUUUGGUAAUAAUCGAGUAGUGGUAUAUUAAAAAGCAGUUCAGAGAAUCUUAUCAUAAGCUUUGAGUUUAAAAAAGAAAGAUUCGAUUUGAACUAUAAAAGUGAUUAUAUUUUCUUAUUGGUACUUUACCUUUACGCGUAAAACGUAGAAAUUGCUCAUUGGUUAAUGUUUCUGAUAAACAUGUUUUUUCAUCAUAAGUUAAGAGAUUUAUUCAUUAGAUUAUUGAAGAAGUCAAACUUUCUUAUAAUAUUCAAUUGAGCUAGAAGCAAUUUACAAAAAAAAGAAAAAAGAGAGUAGAAAAGAAUAUUUUCAGCUGUCAUAGUUUUGUCUCAGUUUUUUAUUUUUAAUUUCAAUUUGUGAAAAAUUCAAUACUCGUUAUUUGUCAAAAUAAUUUUUAAUACUUACGUUUUUGAAUAAAAAUAUUCACGUAGAGCUCAAAAUAAAGUAAUAAAUGAAAGAGAACAGAAAGACAAAAGAUGAAAAAAAAAAAAUCAAACAAAUUAUUUGGGAACAAAUCGAAAAUUAUUUAACGAAAUAGAUAGUAGUGACAAUUUCGUCUUUUAUGUUUUUGAUAUAUUAUAAAAUAUAUUUUAACCUAUUUUUAUUUCAUCAUUGGUACGCGCAAAAAUAAUUAGAUUUUAUUGUAAAUUCAUCGCUUGUAUUUAUACAGUAAGACUGAUGCAAGACUGAAUUGAAAUGAUGAUAUAAGUCAUGUUAUUGUUGCAAUUCUAACAAAUUAGUUAUGACUUGAAAAAAAAACAAGCAAAAUUUUUAAUAGGGAAUUUUGUAGUUUUUUUAAAUAGCGCGUGGUAGGUUAAUUUUUUUUUAUUCUUAUAAGUAAAGUAACUAUUACUUUAAAAUAACUAAUCUCAAUUAAUCUUUUCAAAAUCGUCUUCUUUAUACAUAUAGUAUUGUGUGAUCAAAUUUGAAUGAUGAUUUUUUUUUUUUUAAAAUAAUACUCAUUGUACAAUUAGUUAAUUUUUCAGAGUUUUUCAAUGAGUUGCUAAUUUUAAGUAGCGCGAAUUUUACUUAAUACAUCGACAUAUUUUUAAUUUUAUAAUUUUUAUUUAAUUGAUACGACUGAUUAUUGUUUGCAUGAUAUUAAUCAUUUAGUUAACAAAACUAUGAGAUCAUUUAAACAAUAUGACUUCUUAGAAUUUCGUAAAAUCCACACAAAUAUUGCAAAACAUAAAAGAAUAGGCGUAAGUUGAAUAAUUGAAAAGUGAGAUUAGAAAUGCAAUUAAUUUAAAUAUUAUUAAUAUAGUAGCUAAUAAUACUAGUAUAGUUGAUAUCUUUCGUUUUAAGGCUUUCAUAUGGAAUUUGAAAAAAUGUAAUAAAAUGAAAAGUAAACAAACUUUGUACGUUAUUUGUGAAUUUUCACAACUCAGUGUUUGAAAAUGUAAAAAACCAAAGGUAUGAAUUUUUACUUUAUUUAACAAUUUAUUGUAUUUAAUUUAUCGUCAUAAUUAGUUGUAAGAAGUAUGCAAUAAUAAACAUAUCUGUCGUAUACAUCAAAGAGCUCGAUAUUUUAGAAUUAAUUUAUUUAUGCACUGUAAAAAAUUUUUAGUAUGAAAAUGGUCCUUGAGGACUUUACACGGUUUGCUCGGUGUGAAUUGACUGUGUGAAAUUAAUUUGCUGUGAAUCAUCGAGGGAUAUAGUUUUAACAUGGUUUGAGUACUUUUAACAUAAGUGUUUAACAUUUACAACGUUGGUGUGAUCGUUAGGAUUCACAUUGCUAAAAAUUUAAUUUUGUGUGUUGCGUAACUUUCACACCGGUGGUGUUGAAAAUUUUCACACUAAAUUAUUCACACCACACAGAUGACUCUGAAUUUUUUACAGUGGGGUUAUGUAUGUUUUCAAUUCAUUUUAAACGAAAAUUCGAGUUCAUUCAAAUGCCUAAGUCAUUUUAAAAAAUUUUGUAAUUUACCGAUGCUUGGGAAUAACUUUUUUUUAUUAUAAGCUAAAAAGAUAUGGAAGUGUAUAUUCUAUAAAAAUAAAAACUAAGUGUUAAAUUUUUUCUAGCUGAAGCUUGA